AUGGCUGAGGAGGCAGCAGCAGAACAUGGACCAAAGGAAGAAGAAGAAGAAGACCAGAAGCCAGCCAGUAAAUUAGCAGAAAGGAAAGGGCCUGUUCCUGUCAAAGGUGCAUCUGCUCCAGUGUACUGUCUCUGCAGGAAACCCGACAUCAACUGUUUUAUGAUCGGGUGUGACUGCUGUGCCGAGUGGUUCCAUGGAGAUUGUAUCGGUAUCUCAGAGAAAGCUGCAAAACCCAUCAGAGUCUGGUACUGUCCUGCAUGUCGAGAGAAAGAUCCCACACUAGAGAUUAAAUUCCGGCCUAAAAAGUCCAAGGAGAAAGACCCCCCGGUGCAGGAAAAAGAGCAGGAGCAGGAACAGGAGCAGGAACAGGAGCAGGAACAGGAGCAGGAACAGGAGCAGGAGCAGGAGCAGGAACAGGAGCAGGAGCAGCAGGAGGAUGAGGACUUCUAUGAACCUCCUUCCAGCUUCGAUAAGAGGAGGAGCUCUCAGCAGUACUGGUUUGAUCCUGCCUCUUUGUCCUGCUGUUGCCUCGUCCUGUCAAGUCCUGUGCAGAUCAAGCGCUCGGCUCGUAUGUGCGGGGAGUGUGACGCGUGUCUCCGAACAGAAGACUGCGGCCAGUGUGACUUCUGCAAAGACAUGAAGAAGUUCGGAGGUCCAAACCGCAUCAGGCAGAAGUGUCGCAUGCGCCAGUGUGAAGUCAGAGCCCGGAAGAUGCUUCGUGUGCGGGACGAGGAGGAGCAGGCGGCGGGCCGUCCUCCGGUCAGGGGGCGGAGCCUGCAGAGGAAAGGUCCCGGGUUUCACGCUGACGAAGAAGACGAAGAUGAAGUCUACAGCGAGAGCGAGUUUGAGCUCUACGAGCAGUACAAGGCGGCCGGCUACAGGGAUCUGGUGUGGCACAGUGAGGAAGAGGAGGAGGGGCAUACGCUGAAGAAGGCUGUGAAGGUCAAACACGUGAAGAGACGAGACAAGAAACCGGAGAAGAAACCGGAGAAGAAACCGGAGAAGAAACCGGAGAAGAAACCGGAGAAGAAACCGGAGAAGAAACCAGACAAGAAGAAGUCCCAGGAGUCUGUGCAUAAGGAGGAGCGGAAACAUAAGGUGAAACAGCGCCACCGUGUGAGGGUGCGGCACAGCGAGCGUGGAGAGGGCGGGGCUAAAGACGCCGCUUUGGGCAUGAGGCAGUGUCUGGGACCUGGCUGCGUAGAACCAGCGCGAAACAACUCAAAGUAUUGCUCAGAGGACUGUGGCAUGAAGCUCGCUGCUAAUCGUAUCUAUGAGAUCUUGCCCCAGCGGAUCCAGCAGUGGCAGCAGAGCCCGUGUGUGGCUGAGGAGAUGGGCCGCAGACAGCUGGAGAGGAUCCGGCGAGAACAGCAGUCGGCUCGGCUUCGACUCACCGCGAUGGAGAAACGCUUUCAUGAACUGGAGGGAAUCAUCGCUAACGCCAAACUCCAGCAGGUUCAGCAGGACGAGGAGGUGCCAGAGGGAGAAGGAGACGACACAGACCUCCAGAUAUUCUGCGUGUCGUGCAGUCAUCCUGUCAACCCCAAGGUGGCGCUGCGGCACAUGGAGAGGUGCUAUGCUAAGUACGAGAGCCAGACCUCCUUUGGAUCCAUGUAUCCAACUCGCAUCGAGGGAGCCACCAGGCUGUUCUGCGACGUGUACAACCCUCACAGUAAAACCUACUGUAAGCGACUGCAGGUGCUGUGUCCGGAACACUCCAGGGAUCCCAAGAUCCCCGCUGACGAGGUGUGUGGCUGUCCUCUGGUCAAAGAUGUGUUCGAGCCGACUGGAGAGUUCUGUCGAGUGUCCAAGAGGAAAUGUAAUAAACACUACUGCUGGGAGAAGCUGAGGCGAGCAGAGGUGGAUCUGGAGAGAGUCCGAGUGUGGUACAAACUGGACGAACUGUUCGAGCAGGAGAGGAACCUUCGCACCGCUAUGACCAACAGAGCCGGGAUGUUGGCUUUGAUGUUACACCAGACGAUACAGCACGACCCCAUCACCACAGACCUGAGAACUGCCAAAGAGCGAUGA